GAUGCAGUUGAAGACGGUUUAACUUGGUUGAAAGCUUUUUUUAAAAAAAAUACACUACAAAUUUUUAACGGAAAGAUAAUAUAAAAGAGCAUUUAUAAAGUGUUUAUAUUUUGUUUAACGGAAUUUGUUUUUUAGUAAUUGUUGUACAUGGAAAAUGUUUUGUUUAAAAGAAUAUCGAAAAAAUUGUUGUAUUUGUAGUAACAAUUUUAAAUUGUGUUCUGUGAAAAGUGUGUAUUUGGUGUUAACGUUGUUAUUAAUACAAGUUUUUAAAGUUUCCUUAGCUCAACCCUAUCGCAAUACACAGCGCUGUUCACAUCGUUUGGAAAAUGCACUCGAACACAUGAGACGACGUAGUAUACAAACGAAAUCAUCACGAUCCUAUGUACCACAAACACCCUAUUCUCUCUAUCACUCUUUAUACGGACAACCCGAGGAGCCCGAAGAGGAUUUUUAUCAUCCCUCCAAUGAUCGUGGUUAUUAUGCCAAAAAUAUCAAUCGUAAUUAUAAUCAACCCUAUUCAAGACUGGAUUUUGAAGCUGCUCUAUCGCAAACUCAGAAUCAGUAUCAGAACCAAAGACAGCCACAUCGUUUAGCGGUGGCCCGGGUGGAUGUUGAGGAUUUAAAAGUGAGAUUACCCAAUGAAAAUGCUGCCCGUUGGGUGGAGGUGGAUAAAUGUAAAUUUAGUUCGGAAAAUUCUACACUCGAUACGAGACUUAUAUUUCCGGAUUUGACUUUAAGCGGUAAAGUAGUAUUGCAGCCUGCAGGAGGCAAAUGUAAUAUGAUUUUGAGAUUACGGCAUGCGGGCAUAGAGUUUCGCACUAUUCCCAUAGGUUUUGAGAAAAUAAGUGGGGAGGAGUCGAGACGUAUAGGAGCUGCCUCGGUACGAACAGAUUCUCAUUUUGCAGAGCCGGGUUUUAUAUCAGUGUUUGCCCAUGGCUGUCAAGGACCAACAGGUAUAAAAGUAAGGCAAAACUCCAAAAGACGUUAUAGUUUUGUGGAUGAACAGCAGCCGUCAGCUGCAGCACAAACUCCAUUGCCACCAGAGGUUUUAUUCGAUAUACGCAGCGAGGGUUAUAUACCGCCCAAUAUGAGAGACCAAGAACUCGAGUGGACUGAUAGCAGUUCCCAGGAAUUCUACGAUCCCAAUGGUGAUAAUUUCUAUCGACAAAAAUUCCGUUUUAAACGUAGCAAUCCCUAUCGUCAGGGACGCCAAACUGUGAAUCCAGAACGUUUUAAUGAUGAAAUGAAUUUCGAUGAUGAUGUACUCAAUGUGGCGGAUGAUAAACUACAAGAUAUGAUGCAACCCGAUGCCAGAGCAUUUGCAGAUAUAUUCUCCGCUAAUACAGGCACCGGCGGUAAUAUGUUUAAUGAUCAUGAGGAGGUUAAUGAUGCUAUGAGAAAUGAAUUGGAGAAAUUAUUUUCCAUGGGUGUAAGGGGUCUCUUGACCACUUAUAUGCAAAGAGCUUUACAGCCAGCCAUCAAAGAAACUUUAAUGGAGAACAUGGGCUAUACCAUUAGUUAUGGUUAA